GCGGGAACUUGUCCCUCACGGCAACGCGAGCCUGAGCGAGCAGAUCGUGUGACCGGUUUCGUUGCCGGGACUGUCUUGGUUUUGAAAAUUGUGGGUGCCAAGAUUCGGUGAAUUACGGUUGGACCAUGCCAAUCCAAUCCUUCUCCUUUCCACUGCCUGAGACGAGGUUCUUCCAGGCUGGACAACAUGUCUACAAGUUCAAGAUCAGGGGAGGCAACAACUGCAGUGAAGUGAAGGUGAUAGGAGAAGAGUUUGUCAAUCAGGAAUUAGAGAAUGCCAUCAGAGCGGUGCUAGCCAACCUGGACUGUCUCCAGCCCUUCACUACCACACAUUUCACUGUAUACCCCUACAAGAGUAAGUGGAAGAGAGUGUCCAAGUUUAAAUUUGAGAAGCUGUCGGGAGAGAAGCUGUCUGCUUACCCCUACCUAAUCACUGUGUACCUCGAGAAUAACACACACACUGUAAUGUGUGUGGAAGAGUGCUGGACACCAGUGAGAGCAGCAGAACCUGUCCCUCUCCUUCCUCCCAGUCCUCCUGAGCCCCAGACCAAGCGCAGUAAGACAAGACCGCCACAUGGGGGCACCCUAGCACAGCAGCAAAGAGACACAGACUGUCUCACCAUGCAGGGACCACAGUCACAGAUACGUCAUGAAUGUCUCAGACCAGGGGAAACGGAGGCAAAGAAUGGUGAUGGCAAGGCAGUCUGUGUGGUAUCAGGAAGCCAGACCCAGAGUACAGUGGGGAGCUCUGUGACAGGUGGCAGUGAGACCAUGGAGGUCAGCGGGGGUCACGGCGAGGAAGAGGUGCAUCCUGGAACGGUAGAGGAGGGUGACCCAGAGGAGCUCGACCCUGACCCCAGGUCAGGUUUGCUGGCCCGCCUCGCCAGUCAGGUGUUUCCAUUCUCCAUGUUCUUCAGAGAGAGUUAAGAUGUCGGCAGCUGCUCAGGAUGACUAAACAACUGCCACGGCUUCUGUAACAUUCUAGAACUUCUGUUCUGAUCUGAAUGUUAAAGUUCUGUUUUAGUUUCAGGAAUGCAUCCCAAAUGGUACCCUAUUCCCUAUAUAGUGCACUACUUAUAAUGAUUUAUGUUGGUUCAUAGUGGAAGGUUUUGGAGUUUCGUUCUGAUACUUUUUGUAAUAAAUGAAGUGAUUCUAACUAAUUGGUAUGUGUUAUUCUGUAUGGGUACUAAUUGGUAUGUGUUAUACUGUGUGGGUACUAAUUGAUAUGUGUUAUACUGUGUGGGUACUAAUUGAUAUGUGUUAUACUGUGUGGGUACUAAUUGAUAUGUGUUAUACUGUGUGGGUACUAAUUGAUAUGUGUUAUACUGUGUGGGUACUAAUUGAUAUGAGUUAUACUGUGUGGGUACUAAUUGGUAUGUGUUAUACUGUGGGGGUACUAAUUGUGAUGUGUUAUACUGUGUGGGUACUAAUUGGUAUGUUUUAUACUGUAUGGGUACUAAUUGAUAUGUGUUAUACUGUAUGGGUACUAAUUGAUAUGUGUUAUACUGUAUGGGUACUAAUUGAUAUGUGUUAUACUGUGGGGGUACUAAUUGGUAUGUGUUAUACUGUGGGGGUACUAAUUGGUAUGUGUUAUACUGUGUGGGUACUAAUUGUGAUGUGUUAUACUGUGGGGGUACUAAUUGGUAUGUGUUAUACUGUAUGGGUACUAAUUGAUAUGUGUUAUACUGUGGGGGUACUAAUUGUGAUGUGUUAUACUGUAUGGGUACUAAUUGGUAUGUGUUAUACUGUGGGGGUACUAAUUGGUAUGUGUUAUACUGUAUGGGUACUAAUUGGUAUGUGUUAUACUGUGGGGGUACUAAUUGGUAUGUUUUAUACUGUAUGGGUACUAAUUGGUAUGUGUUAUACUGUGGGGGUACUAAUUGGUAUGUGUUAUACUGUAUGGGUACUAAUUGUUAUGUGUUAUACUGUGUGGGUACUAAUUGGUAUGUUUUAUACUGUAUGGGUGCGUUUGCAUUCCUGGAUCUUAUCCAAAGAUUCGGGGACAGCCCUCAUCUUAAGCUGUAAGGGAGAUCUGAAUCUCUAGGUUUACCAGACACUAGUAAACAUUUACGUUUUACCUGA